AUGAUGAUAGACAGUGAGACAGAGCGGAAGCUCGCUCGCACGCUGUUAAUGGAGUUGAUGGUGUACCAGUUUGCCUCCCCUGUGCGAUGGAUCGAAACCCAAGAGGUGAUUCUAUCUCGCACGAAAAGCGAUCGCAUUAUUGAGGUCGGUCCCAGUGCAACAUUGCUGGGAAUGUUGCGCAAAACCAUCGAUACAAUCCAUUCGACCAAAGAAUGUACUUUGCCGGCUCCGCGCCAGCUCCUCCAUUCUGAAAAAGACUUGGACGAAAUUUACUACACUGGGCAGCCAGAUCAAUUCAAUCCUGUGCAGAUAGAGACGCAGACGGAAACACAGAUGUCACCACCAAAGCCGGAGGCAGCUCUACCCGCUCCUACGGCCACUAUGGAUGUAACGACAACAGCCCUGCCCUCUUCCAGGGUGCACGUUGAAGUCGUCGAAAUUGAUGAUCAAAGUAUCCAGGCUCAAGAUAUAGUGUUCGCCAUUGUUGCCAGAGCGCUCAAGCGAGUGACAGCUGAAAUUGAUGGGAGCAAGUCUAUCAAGGCUCUGACUGAAGGCAGAUCAACUUUGGAAAACGAAAUUAUCGGCGACCUACAUGGCGAGUUUGGCUCGUUGCCGGACCGUGCUGAGGAUUUGCCACUCGCCCAAGUCGGGCCAGAGAUCCAAUCGAGCCACAAAGGUGCCCUGGGCAAGGUCACCACUGCCAUGAUCAACAACCUAUUCACCGCCAAAAUGCCCAGUAACUUCACUGUCGCCACCGCUCGAAGGCAGCUGCGCACCCAGUGGGGACUUCAACCCGGUCGACAAGAUGCAUGUUUGCUCUGCGCCGUCACCAUGCAACCCACCAGCCGAGUCACGUCUGAAUCUGACGCUCAUGACUUUGUUUCACACGUCGUCGACACAUAUGCGAAACGAGAAGGGCUUACACUUCUUCAACCUGACGCAUCGAAUGUUGGCGGCGCGGCCACCGGAGUCACAAUAGAUUUAGAAGCGGUCCGGGCCCUGACCGAGUCCCAAGAUGCCUUGUCGAAGCGCUUGCUCGAGAUCUACGCCACCCAUUUAGGGGUAGACUUGGACGCAGACCGACAGGCGUUGGAUAGCCUGCGCGAUGAGGUGGCAACAGGGCUUCAAGCUGACCUCGAUCUCUGGCAUGCAGAGCAUGGCUCAGACUACGCCCAGGGUAUUCGACCACGCUUUGAUUCCAAGAAAAUCCGGAGCUAUAAUUCGUCGUGGAACUGGGCACGCCAAAGUCUGCUGGAGUUGUUUGAUCGUGUAUCAACUGUCACAGACCCCAGCAUGCUAGAUCGUGACUCGAUAGCCAAGAGCUGCUAUCACAUUGCCAACGCAGCAGACAAGACCAUAUUACCGGUAUUGGAUGAGUUGAUUUCCCAAUUGCAAGAUCGCACUCAAUUUCGACCGAUCUUUCUCGCACUGAGAGAGAAUUGCACGGAUAGCUUGCUGGCGGGACCGGUAUUCAGAGGGGCUCCCCGUCAACUGACGCCUGUUACAACCAUGGAUGAUCAAGGGAACCUGCAGUAUCGGGAACAACCCAGGAAAGAGUCAGCACACUUUGCCGACCUCGCCAUGCCAAGGUCGGAACAUGCCGAAAAACCCCUAGUCGCAGCUGAACCAUACCUGCACCUGAAAAAGAGAUCAGUAUCGGGAUGGGAGUACUCCGCGGAGCUGACCCAUCAUUUGUACCAGGCUCUCCGCGACGUGGAAACAAAGGGCGAUUCGCUGAGUGAUCAAACGGUGUUGAUCACAGGGGCAGGAAUCGGGUCCAUCGGAGCCGCCAUGAUUGUGCAUUUCCUCCAAGGCGGAGCACGAGUGCUUGUCACGACCUCGUCGAUGUCUCCGGAGGUAGCGCGAAAGUAUCAAGCCCUGUACAUGGAGCAUGGAGCGCGAGGCUCAGAGCUGGUGGUCGUACCUUUCAACCAGGGCAGUACUCAGGACAUUACUGCCCUGGUUGAAUAUGUGUACGAUGAGAAAAAGGGCCUCGGAUGGGAUUUAGACUACCUCGUCCCCUUUGCAGCUAUCAGUGAGGCUGGAAGGACCCUAGAUACGAUCGACUCCAAAUCGGAGCUGGCGCAUCGCAUUAUGCUCACCAAUCUUUUACGAUUGCUGGGGACUGUGAAGAACAACAAAGAGGCCCACGGCCAUCGGUCGCAUCCCACCCAGGUGGUUUUACCGCUAUCCCCCAACCACGGCACGUUUGGUGGGGAUGGUCUCUAUAGUGAAUCGAAAAUAGCCCUCGAGACGCUCUUCAAUCGCUGGCAUUCAGAGAACUGGCAGGAAUACCUCUCCAUUUGCGGCGCCGUCAUCGGCUGGACUCGUGGCACGGGACUGAUGAAUCAAAAUGAUCUCGUGGCCGAGGGAAUCGAGAAGGCCGGAAUGCGCACGUUUUCUCGGGAAGAGAUGGCUUAUGCACUUGUUUGCCUUUGUGUCGGCGCAAUGUACGAGCUCUGCCAGGAAGCACCGGUCUAUGCUGAUCUGACAGGAGGCAUGGCCCAAGUCCACAACCUACCAGAAUCCGUAGCCCAGCUGCGACAAGACCUCAAGGAGCGCAGCGAAAUCCAAGCCGCUCUAUUCCAGGAGGAUAAGAUCGAAUCGGAGUGGUCAAGCCCAGCAGCGCAGGACACAGCUGUGUCGGAGUUGGAACAGAGAGCGCACGUCCGGCAGGACUUCCCUCAGAUUCUGCAAUACGAUCGCGAUAUCGCGCCUCUCAGUGAGGAUUUGCAAGGGAUGGUGGAUUUAAACCGGACAGUGGUAGUCACGGGCUUUUCCGAACUAGGACCACAUGGUAAUUCCCGCACACGAUGGGAAAUGGAAGCCCAGGGGCAUUUUUCUCUAGAAGGCGCUAUUGAAAUGGCAUGGAUGAUGGGUUUCAUCACUCACUUCUCCGGUAUCAUUGAAGGGCAACCGUACUCCGGCUGGGUCGACACCGAAACCAAACAGCCAGUCGCUGACACGGCGAUCAAGCCAAUUUACGAGGAGAAGAUCCUGGCCCAUUCCGGCAUUCGCUUCAUUGAGCCCGAGCUUUGUGAUGGAUAUGACCCUGAAAAAAAGCAGUUUCUCCAUGAGAUCGUUCUGCAGGCGGAUCUUGAGCCUCUCUGUGUGCCUGGAUUGCUGGCUGAGCAGAUGCGGCGAGAGCAUGGCGUCUUUGUAACGGUGCAAAAGUCGUCAACUCCGGAUCUAUACCAAGUGCAGCUUCGGAAGGGGGCCAGAGUAUUUAUUCCCCGUGCCAUGCAGUUUGACCGUGCCGUGGCAGGCCUGGUUCCCACCGGCUGGGAUCCUCGUAUCUACGGGCUUCCCGACCAAAUCAUCUCUGAGGUCGAUCGCUUAACGUUGUACACGCUAGUAUGUACGGUAGAAGCUUUGUUAUCGUCUGGCAUCACCGACCCGUAUGAGCUAUAUCAGUAUAUCCACGUCUCCGAGGUGGGCAAUUGCAUCGGCUCCGGUAUGGGAGGUAGUACCUCUCUAAGAAAAAUGUUCAACGGUCGAUUCAUCGGGCAGGAAGUCCAGAGUGACAUACUACAAGAGACGUUUGUCAAUACUAUAAGUGCAUGGGUCAAUAUGCUGCUGCUUUCAGCCAGUGGUCCCAUCCGAACCCCAGUUGGAGCCUGUGCGACCGCCGUGGAGUCCUUGGAACUGGGGUACGACACUAUUGUGACUGGGAAAGCCAAGUUCUGCCUAGUGGGAGGGUGCGAUGACUUCACAUCGGAGACCUCAUUUGAGUUUGCCAAUAUGAAGGCGACCACCAAUUCUAUCGAGGAGAUUGCACGAGGGAGAGCGCCUAGCGAAAUGUCACGACCAACCACCACUACUCGUAAUGGCUUUAUGGAAUCACAAGGCUGUGGCUUGCAGGUCUUGACUACUGCCGAUUUGGCGUUGAAGAUGGGGCUCCCGAUCCGCGGCAUUGUUGCUUUUGUGAGCACCUCCAGUGACAAGGCUAGCCGCUCUGUCCCAGCCCCUGGGCAAGGUGUGCUAGUCAAUGCAAGACGCACGAUAUCAGCGUCAAAUCUUUCUUCUCCUUUGCUGAAGAUGAUCAAUCGUCGACGUCGUCUCGACUUUCGGCGUAAGCAGAUCGCCGAAGCCCGGGCUCUAGCGCUUGAUCAGCUUGAUUUCGAAGUAGAUGUGGUUCUAGAACAAGACCCGGGAGUUGACGUGGUCAAGUAUCGCAAGGAACGUCAUGAGCAGAUCCGAAUGGACUUUCUUCAAGAGGAGCGGGAUGCUCAGUAUUCGCUAGGUAACGAUUUCUGGCGCCACGAUACUUCUAUUGCUCCGCUGACCGGGGCUCUCGCGACCUGGGGUCUGACCAUCGAUGACCUACGGGUCGCUUCCUUCCAUGGCACGUCAACCAUGCUGAACGAUAAGAAUGAAUCCAGCGUCCUCCAACAGCAGCUGACAGCACUUGGGCGACGCAAGGGCAAUCUGCUUCUGGGUGUAUUCCAGAAACACCUGACUGGUCAUUCGAAAGGUGCUGCCGGCGCUUGGAUGGUCAAUGGGGCGUUGCAGAUGCUGGAUUCCGGCCUGGUGCCAGGCAAUCGCAAUGCCGAUAAUAUCGACUCAGCUCUGCAGCAAUUUGACCUGAUUGCCUAUCUCAACCGGCCAGUGCAUGUGCCCGAUCUCAAGGCUGUGUCGAUCACUUCAUUCGGCUUCGGGCAGAAAGGCGCGCAGGCCAUCUGCGUGCAUCCCCGCCAUGUCUUUGCCACGUUGACGCGGGAUGAGUACGAGGCGUAUCUGGCUCGCCGUAUGGCUCGUCAGCGGAUUACCGAUGCGUAUUUCUACGAGGGGAUGAGCUCUAACUCAUUGUUCCGAGCCAAAACAGCGCCCCCAUUCCCAGUCUCCCAAGAGAAUGAAACAUACCUCGACGCGUCCGCUCGCUUUUCGUUAUGA